AUCACAAAAUACUUUUUUUUAAGAAAAAAAAGAGCUCAAAAUUUGUUACAAUUACACUACGUUUUUAUAAAAAAAAUUGUGAUAAAAGUUACAAAAAAGAAUUACAUAUGAGUAAAAAUUAAAGCAAUAUUUAAAUCGUCACAAAAUAACAAUUUCAAAAGAAAAUUUAACAAAAAUUAUUAAAGAAAAACCCAGAAAUUAUUAAAAUUUUGUUUGAAACUCAAAAAUAUAAGCAAAAUUCAUACAUCCUUCCAUUUAUAAUUUCACCACAAAAAGUGUUUGUUUUCAAAAGUAACUUAUUUUUCCUAUCACCAUGGCCUUAAAACAGAAUUUAUUUUCCCAACAUCUUAAUAACUGUUUAAUCAAAUUCUCCAUUAUCUCUCUGAUUUUGGCCUGCAGCUUUGUGGCCUCAACAUCGGCUAAAAAUUUGGAUUUCGACUCGCAACAACAAUUGCAUCAUAGUCAUCAUCAUAGUCACAAUAGACGUUUGCAGCGCCGCGAUUCUAGUCUUAAAGAGGCAACGAAUCAACAUUGUAACGAGGUUCGGGGUUAUUUUGAAUCGAUUGAUAUAGAAUUGCCGCAGCAUUUUAAUGAAAAAGGUUCACAAUGUGGCGGUCAAUGUUGUUCGAAUUCAACAGAAAUUGAUUUAAGACAAAAGGCGACUACAAAAUUUGAGCGUCUAUUGCAUCAUCAUACAAAAAGUUUACGUGGCAUUUUGGAAUCAACAGCAAACUUAUUUCAAUCUCACAUUUUGGAAUUGGCCCAACAAUCAGAGAAUAGAACAAUUAAUAUAUUCUCUCAAGUGUAUAAGCGCAUGUUACCUCUAUCACGAAAAUUGAUUGGACAAUUAUAUUCAGAGAUUAUAAGCAAUUUAAAAUCAAGUGAAACGGUUAGUGCCACCUCUUUGGAAAAUGCCAUCCAUAAGUUCUUUGUGAAUUUAUUCCCGGUGGCCUAUCAUCAAGUGGUACAUUUGAAUAAACAAAGUUAUGGUGAAUUGCAUGAAGACUAUAUUAAUUGUUUGAAACACACAUACGAUGAUUUGCAGCCGUUCGGUGCUAUACCCAAAGAAAUAACACGCAAUUUAGUGCAAAGUCUACAAACGGCCCACAUUUUCAUCAAUGCUUUAUAUCAAAGUGCUGAAGUUCUAAGUGAAACUGAUGAAUUAUAUGCCACACAUUUGAGUGAGAGCUGUCAGAAGCAUUUGCUCAAAAUGAGUUUUUGUCCCAGUUGUAAUGGUCUACAAAAGGAGCAUGUUAAGCCCUGUUACAGUUAUUGCAUGAACGUAUUAAGAGGCUGUUCGGCUCAAUAUGCUGGUGUAUUGGAUAGUCCUUGGUCAAAUGUAGUUGAUGCCAUUGAUAAUUUGGUCACAACUCAUAUACGUUCUGAUACUGGCAUUGUUACAGUCAUUAAACAAUUGGAUAGUAAACUAUCAGAAACAAUAAUGAGAGCUAUGGAAAAUGGCCCCGAAUUGGAAACAAAGGUCAAAAAAACUUGUGGUACUCCUAAAUUAUUGGCAUCAUUAAGUAUGGAACAAGAAGCCAAACCACCUAUGCCACACAAUAUUAAAUGGGCAACCCCAGCUGAUUCUGAAAUUUUACGUUUCUUAUCCACCAUUGAUAAAUCAAAGGAAUUCUACUCAAACAUUGUUAAUAAUGUCUGCGAAGAUGAGGAUAUCCAAAGAAAUGAUCGUCAUUGUUGGAUUGGUGAUCGUGUUGGUGACUAUACACAAUUGGUAAUGACAAGUGGCAUUGAUACACAACGUUAUAAUCCAGAAGUGCCAUUGGAACCAAAUGCUCAACCCACAAAACUGAAUGAAUUGGUUGAUAAAUUACUGAAAAUACGCAAAAAUAUUGCUACAGCGAUACCAUCUACCACUAGGACAAUCAAUGAUAUUCAAAGUGAUAUGGCUGGUCAUGAUGAUGAGGGUUCUGGCCGCAUGACUGAUGAUGUCGACGAUGAAGAAUAUCAUAUGCAAGGAUCCGGUGAUGGCUCCGGAGGUGGUCAUUCCUCGCUGCCCUUCAAUCCUCGCUCUGAGGCUGAUCCUAUCGAAAAUGAGAUUGUACCUGCGGUAGGAACUGGCAGUUCUUCCAACACAAUACACUUAUUGAGUUUAACUUCUCUCUACUGUGUACUAGUCAUACAAUUUUUAACAACGAUACGAUUUUUUAAGUUAUAUUAAAAAUAUACUUUAAAAAUCCAAGGGUGCAACUCUGUUUUAUAAAUUAUGUAGUUUAUAUAUAAAUCUAAUAUAUAUAUACAAAUUAACGAACUCGACUAAAUGCAUAUAACUUGCUCUUAAACGCUCUUAGAGUAUUAAAGAAAUUCUUAAAAAACAAAAACAAUUUACAUACAAACAAACAAAAUACCAACCAGCAAUAACAAGUGCAAGAAUUCUUUAAAGAAAAACAACACAACGUAUUUUCAUAUAAUAAACAAAAAGUGAUAAAAGAAAGUUUAAAAACUUUGUUAAAAUUUAUAAAAAAAAUGAAAACAAAAUCUUUGUUGGUGUUUCGAAAAUAUAAUGUAUACAGAAAGAAAAUGAUAAAUACUUACGUACAUAAUUUGAAUCUAAAGAAAGUCCAAAGAGCUAAAUAGAAAUGUAAAUCUUUUAUUAGAAAUUAAAACAAAAAGAGAACUUGUUUUUAGGCAAUUAACAAAUUUUUAGAAUUAAAUAAAAUUACAUUUAACAAAAACUACAUGGCGUUGAAGUCUCCUCAUGAUUCCCUUAAACUGUAAAUGCAACCCUGUAAACGUAGUAAACAAAACCGUUAAACACAGGGUUGCUUUUUUGUUUCGAUUUUGAUUACAAACAUUUGCCCAACAAACAUUUACUCACAAAAUAACCACACAACAACAAGAAAAAAGGUGCCAUAAACAUUCAAUUCUAUCAACACAAAAAUUCUAACCAUAAAUUGCUCAUUAAUACUGGAAUUUAUAAUUUAUAGAAAAGAAUACAUAUAUAAUUAAAUAAAUAAAUAAUAAACCAAAAUCACACCUAAACACAGCUAAUACGAAGUAAAAGAAAAUGAUAAAUAACAAAAAAAAACUAUAAUUGUUCCUUUUUUUAAAUUUAAAGUUUAAAAUAUAUAAAAUACAACAAUAAAAUAGUAAAAGAAAGGUUUUCUUUUUUCUAAAAGCACAAUAUAAAUAGAAAAACAAACAAGAUUUUGUGAAAUUUGUAAAAAAAAAAUUAAGAAUAAAUAAAAAUUCAAACAAAAAAUAUUAAGUACGUACAUGAAGAACUGAAAUUUACUUUAGUAAAUUAAUAAAAAAAAAUCUAUUAAAAAAUUAAACAAAAAAAAAAACUUAGAAGACUUACAAGCUUUAUACAAUUGAAGAAAACAUAAUGAAUUGAAAACAAAAUAAAGAAUUAUUAAAUACAAUAUAUAGAAAUUAUUGUUGUUUUAAGGGACACAAAUUAUUAAUCACUAAAUGGCAAAAAGUAAAGGAAAUUUAUGCAUGAACAACUGAGAAUUGUAGCUAGAAUGUAAACACAAUCAAAACGGCCAUAAUAAAGUCGUUGCAAUUGUGUUUAAAUGUUUACUCAUUUAGGAAUUUAUUAAAACACAACUAAACUGAACUUAUACUUCAAGAAUAACUUGAGAAUCUCUAAAUUUAAAGUAGAGAAUAUACAUAUUGUAGUUGCAAUAUAAGUUCUUCCUCAAACUCUGCCUAAUAAAUAUGUAAUAUGUUUUUAAUUUUUUUAUCAUAUUUUUUACACUUAAUGUUUAACUUCAAUUCCGGUUAAUUUUCCAUUUAAGGGUUAAUAAUUAGCUAUAGGUAUAGUGAAUAAUAGAUGAAAAUGUGCAGAUGAAAUUUGUAAUAUUAACAGAAAUAUAUACAAUAUUUUUAAAUGUUUUCUAUACAAAUUUCAUAAACAAUUUCAUCUAAUACUCACUAUAUAAUUAUUAGAACACAAACGAAUAUAUUGCUCUAUAUUAUUGACAUGGAAAUCUUCUACGAUAAUUGAAAAAUUAAAAAUCUUUAAUUAUAAAUGUAAAAUGUUUAAAUGUAAAUUAUAUUUCAUAUAAAAUAAAGUAACACAAAUUAAACUAAAUAAAUAUAAUUCUUAGUAUAAACGAAAUAAAAAAGCUUAGUUAGUAGCCAAUAAUUAUUAAAGUAAUUUAAAUAAUAAUAAAUUAUAAAGAAGAAAAAUAUAACUAAAAUGCACAACCAUAACGACAAGUUUUGCAUAAUUAUAAUAAAAAUUGCAUAAAUAAAAUAAAAUAAAAUAAAAUAAAAUAAAAUAAAACAAAUCUAUAUUUUCUAUAUGUUAAACUGUCUUUAUAUAUAUUUUUUAAAAUUUAAAUUUAAAAAACAACAACAAAUGUUUUUGCAUGUGAUUAAUAAAAUAUAAGUUAAUAUUUAAAUUUGUUUACAUUUUUUCAAUUGUAUAUUGAAAACAAACAUAAAAAAAGAUGAGAAAAGAAAGCAAUUUUUUAACAAAUUUUUGAGAUUAUUAUUUGGGAUCUAAGAAAAAUUAAACAAAAGGGGAGAAUGUAUCUGAAGGACUACAAUUUUUAAAACAUUUUAAAUAAAACUUUGAAAUUAUUUGAAAUGUUAAAUAAAAUAACCAAAUCCCCACAGUUUUUCGAAAUCAGAAAAUCUAUCUUAAAUAAAAUUUAAAAAACGUCUAACCGUUAUUUUUCUCAAAUAACUUUAAGUUGUGUCUUCUUUUUUCUACUAUAAAUACAUAAUUUAUUAAUUUAGUACAGAAACUAUAAAUAAAAUACUACUUUAUAUUUAAGGUGUUCACAGUUUCUUCUAAUAUUUUUUUUUAUCUGACCUGUUAAUAAUGUAUUAUUUUAUUUAAAACAACAAAAAAAAAAGAAACAAAUAAAUACAAAUAAUAUUUCUUCGGAUCAUUAGUUUGUUAUUAAGGUUAUAAACACCUAAAAAUAGGCUGCUUUAUUUUUUGACAAUUCAACAUAACCUACAAAAACAAACUGUAAACCCUUAAAUUAUAAUAAUUCUUAUUAUUUUUAUAGAUUAUUAUUAUUAGCAGUAUAAUUUUUAAAUGCAAAGAGAAAAUGGCCGUAUAUAUAGUCGCAAUUUAAUUUAAAUAUAAACAAAAUAUAUUAUUGAAAAGAAAAAAUACAAAAAAAAAAUUGUUAAAUAAAAUAAAUGUCAGUAAAAACAGAAAUAAGAAUACAUCGGCAAAAUAAUUAUUGUUUACUCAUUAAACAAACAAAUAAUUAUUAUUAACAAAUAUAUAUAAUUAACAUUAAUAUAUAUUAUGUACUAUUAUUAAUCAAAUGAUAAAAUAAAUGUGCAACAUUUAAAAAAUAAUAAUAUGUAUUAAUAAAAAUAAAAAACAAUUUAUGUAAAAUUGAAUUUCUUUUUGUAAAAACACAUUUUUAUUUGGUAAAACAGAAAAUAAAUACAUAUAAAUAAAAAAAAUAAUAAAAAAACAAA